CUGAUUUUAAAUUGUUUUACAGCAAAUCACAGAAGCACGUUUACCAGCAAGAAUUCCAAACAAAAAUCCUAUCAAGAUCUUAGAAUCAUCUCACCAGGAGUUGAAAACCAAUGAAUUGUCAAUGUUUGUCUGUGGGAAAAGUUUGCAAACGUCAGUGUGCCCAGUGAACUGACCGUGGACAGGUCCUGCGCCAGUUCCACAGCCUGAAAAACAUUCCACCAAUCAGUGAGGAGAAACUGUAUCCCUGUCCUGUCUGGGUGAGGAGUCAGCCAAUCCUCCAAUAUGGAGAGACAUGAGGACACCUGCACCACAGAGAAACCAUGGAAAUGUGCAGACUGUGGAAAAGGAUUCAAAUGCCCAUCCAUGCUGGAAACUCAUCGACGCAGUCACACUGGGGAGAAGCCUUUCAUCUGCUCUGUUUGUGAGAAGGGAUUCACUCAGUCACCUGACCUUGACAAACAUGAACGCACUCACACUGGCGAGAGGCCAUACAUCUGCCCCAAGUGUGGGAAGGGAUUCAGUGACUCCUCCACCCUGUCAAGACACCAGCAAGCUCACACUGGCGAGAGGCCAUUCAUCUGUCCUGAGUGUGGAAAGGGAUUCAAACGGUCAGCCCACCUGCUGAGACACAAGCAAAUUCACACUCGGGAGAGGCCAUUCAUCUGCCCUGAGUGUGGGAAGGGAUUCAGUGACUCAUCCUACCUGCUGACACACCAGCGAGUUCACACUGGGGAGAGGCCAUUCCCCUGCUCUGAGUGUGACAAGGCAUUCGCUCAGUUAGCCAAUCUCCGGGCACACCAACUGGUUCACACUGAUAAGAGACCUUUCAAAUGCUCACAUUGUGAGAAAAGCUUUAAACGCAGACGUGAAAUGCUGAUACAUGAACACGUUCACACUGGGGAAAGGCCAUUUUCCUGCUCUCUGUGUGGGAAAAGAUUUGUCCAUUCAAAAAACCUUCUGAAACACCAGCGAAUACACACUGGUGAGAAGCUGUUACCUGCUCCCUCUGUGGGAAAGGAUUUGCUCAGUCAUCUCACCCUCUGAGACUUCAGAAAGUUCAUACUUGACUGCAGGCAGCUGUAUGUUGCUGCUAUUCUCAAUGAAAUUCUGAUGGAUUGAUCUUACC